AUGUGUGACUGUUUGCGACAAUUAUGGCUGCUGACACACAAGAAUCUGAUUCUGAGCCGGCGUAAUAAAGUAUGGACGUUGUUCGAAGUGAUUCUACCAAUUAUAUUCCUUCUUCCAGUCACGUUGCUCGUUGUGAGGGGUGGCACCGUGAAGUUGUCAUCAGCUAGGUCGUUCGAGCCUGUGCCCUUGGAAGGUGGAGCAGGAGACAUCCCUACUGUUGACCGGUUCACAUCCAUACUGGAUCGUUGGUGCAAGCGUCGACAUAGAGUUAUAGCUUAUUCCACACAUGAAAAUCACGAUUCCGUGGNUUAUAAAAGUAGACGUGGUGUACAUAAAAGACGAAGCGCUUUUACGCUAUGAACUUCGUACAGACCUUGACCGUGGUUGCUCCAAUAGAUUUGCAGGUGGUCUGAUAUUCAACCAGUUUGACACAAAAGCUGCAAAGCUCGAUUACAAACUACUCGUACCCGAUGGUUCUGGUUUUUGGAAUAUGGAGUGGGGUGACCCAUUUGAUCUCAAUAAAUGGUCUAAAGAAAGGGUCCCUCAUGA